AGGAUGAUCAUACUUCAGUUUCACACAGGAGGUUUCUUUGAAACAAUUAAACCUUAUUUCAUGGAGAUUUACACACAAAUCCAAAAAUCUAAUCUUUUUGGCUUCUUCAGUCAGCUGCAUUUCCUCGAACCUGCGUUUUAUCCGUUUUAUAAAUGGCGCCGGUUGUUAUUCUUCAUUUUCUUAAAGCCUUCUGGUUUCAGUUAUUGGUGAAGCUCUUUUUCUUCUUCGUUUUUCAUCAUCUACUUCUAUUUGAUUAAAGCUCGAAAUCAUCGCAAGAUCAGUAAAAGCACAUACAUCUACCGUAAUUUGACAAGGGCCUUAAGCAUUCAGAUAACAGGGCUUAGUUCAAAUGGGUGAAGCAAACGCCAUAAUCCACCAGCAUCCACCACCACAACCACCACCACCGCCUCAACCACGUUAUGAUCUUCCUCGUCAAGAUCUACUUGCCGAUAAAAGACGAAGGGACUUCAUCGAUAUCUGUGUUCCUUUAUGUGAAGCAUUAAUUAAAGCAGACUGGCAAACCGCAAAACACAUCAUCGGUAGCCCCGAAUACCUCUUACGUUACAGCAUCAAUGAAAACUGCGAAACACCACUUCACAUUGCAGCAUCGGCUCAUAGCAACACAGACAGCAUCGAAUUCGUUCGAUAUCUUGUGGGUAAAAUGAGCAGGGCGGAUUUGCAACUUCAGAACAGAAAUGGAAACACUGCUCUUUCUUUAGCAGCUAUAGCUGGAAAUGUUGAAAUGGCUAGAAUUAUGGUUAAGAGAAAUGGAGACUUGCCUACUAUCCCUAAUGGCGAAAACAUGAUGCCACUUUAUGUUGCUGUGUUAUUUGGAAACAUAGAAAUGGCAGAUUAUCUGUAUGAAGAGUCUCAACAGAUGAAUGGUCCUGGUUGGACACCUAUUAAUAGGAGUUGGGUUUUCUUGAAGUCAAUUGAAAUGGAUUUUUUCGAUUUCGCUCUAAAAAUAUUGGAACACCACCCACUACUUGCUCAAAGAGGGAAUGGACUAUGUGCAUUGGCUCGAAAGCCUUCUGCAUUUAAUGAAAUAAAACCACAUUACAUCAGAAGCAUCGUCAAUUCAAUCUUCCAUUUGAAGGCGGAGUCAGUGGACAAUAAAGCUGUGCAGUUACUAAGAGAGAUUUGGACAAGUAUUGAAGAAAAGCCGAAAGCUGAAAUAGAUACAAUACUCAGAGGCCCAAUAGCUCUGGUAGAUGGAAGGCAAACUUACCCCUCUCGAGUGCUUUUUGUUGCUGCAGAAACAGGCAACACUGGAUUUUUGGUUGAGCUCAUCCGAAGAUAUCCUGACCUUAUAUGGAAGAGAAAUGAAAACAAUCAAAGUAUUUUUCAUGUUGCUGUUUCUCAUCGUCAUGAGGGUAUAUAUAAUCUGUUGUAUGAGAUUGGAUCCAUGAAGGCUUUGAUAAUUCCAGUCAAAGAUCUAGAAGGCAAUAAUAUGUUGCAUUUGGUUGGAAAGAAUGCAGAAAAAACCCGACUUCCACAUGUGUCAGGGGCAGCUUUCCAAUUGCAACAUAAAUUAUUAUGGUUCAAGGAAGUGAAGUCUAUGGUACCCCCUCUUUACAUAGAAAAAAAGAACAACGAUGACCUCACACCAUAUGAACUAUUCACUAAAAACCACAAACGUUUAGUAACCGAAGGUGAGAAAUGGAUGAAAGGAACCGCUAGUAAAUGCAUGGUGGCUGCCGCCCUAAUAGCCACCGUAGUAUUUGCAGUCGCUUACACAAUUCCUGGUGGCUACGACCAAGAAACCGGCUUUCCUAUGUUUCUUCACAACGGUCCAUUCAUAGUAUUUGUCAUCUUAGAUGCCAUUUCCUUAAUCUUGUCUUCCACUUCAAUCCUUGUGUUUUUAUCCAUUCUCACGUCUCGUUAUGCUCAAGAGGAUUUUCUUGAAUCAUUACCCAAAAAGCUUUUGGUGGGUUUAUUAAUGCUUUUUCUAUCCAUAGUCACCAUGAUGUUUUCUUUUAGUGUUAGUUUCUUUGUGAUAUAUCGUCACAAGUUUAUUGUCAUUGCAAUCUUCAUUAGUGUGGUUGCGCUUAUACCUAUUGUUUCCUAUGCUCAACUACAAUAUCCUCUUGUGAAAGAUGUGUUUAGUUCGACGUAUCGUUCUAGGGCUCAUAUCGACGACGUCCCACCGAUGGAGAAGAAGCCGACAAGAGGAGUCGAUGAAGGACAAAGAGGCUAA